GAGUCUGUCUUUGCUCGCUUCGUGAGUACCGUCAAUAUUAGCCGGAUAGAGACCGUCGUCCUGCCUCGGAGAGAGCCCGGCUACAUCUACACCUUUGGCCGGCAUCCCUCCUGCGACUUUAAGCUGCCCGGCAACCGCUUCAGCAACAUACACUUCCAGGUCUGGGAAGAGCGUGACCACUCACACUACUCGCGCUACGGCGACGAUACGACCCAUGUCAUGAUCAAAGAUGUCUCCACCAACGGCACAUACAUCAAUCAAGCCAGAAUGGGCAAACACGUUUCAACAGUCCUCAACAAUAACGACGAGAUUGCAGCCGGUGUUGGCGUCGAGGCGGACGAGGUGCGCUUCAUCGUUCAAUUGCCGGUGCAAAGCAGGCUCACCACAAGUGUAGCAGGAGGAGAGGCAUCCGUGCACAUGCAAAAGUACGAUAUCCGGCAGGUCCUUGGUAAGGGUGCCUUUGCAACAGUCAGAGUCGCAAUCGAGCGAAGCACAGGCAUCAAGUAUGCCAUCAAAAUUCUCAAUCAGCGCAAGCUGGCCAUCACAAAGUCGUCAACCAAGGCGACAGAGCUAUUUAGACGCGAAAUUGACAUCCUGGCGAAUGCCAAUCACCCGAACGUGGUCAAGUAUGUCGAUAUGUGGUCAGAUGAGCUGGAAAUCUUCCUCGUUAUUGAGUUUCUCCCCGGAGGAGACCUCAUGGACUACAUUAUCCGUCGUGAGCGGCUGCCAGAGCAUGAGACCGUUCAUAUUGUCACACAAUUACUGGACGCCCUUGUCUAUUGCCACUCAAGAGGCAUUACGCAUCGCGACAUCAAGCCGGAGAAUAUCCUCUUGACCACCGAUAAUCCUCCAGUCGCCAAAUUGACUGACUUUGGCUUGGCGAAGAUGGUUGAGCCAGGCACCUUCCUCAAAACGUUCUGCGGAACACUGACCUAUGUGGCGCCCGAAGUCAUUUCACUACACGGUCGCAUUGAAGGCGCGUAUUCAUCUGCCGUCGACAUGUGGAGUCUAGGCUGCGUGACUUUCAUCAUGGUAGCAGGCUCGAUGCCAUUUGUCGCUGAAGGGCAAGAAGAAAUGAUGCGCGUGAUUCAGACUGGUCAAUUUGAUGAGGAGAAGCUGGAUGAAGUGGAAAUCAGUGGCCCAGGUUUGGACUUUAUUGAAAGUCUGCUGGUUGUUGAGCCACGGCAUCGUAUGCAAGGCGAACGCGCGCUACAGCAUGCUUGGAUU